AUGGCCCCCCUCUCCGCCGCCGAGCUGCUGGCGCUCAGCGAGACCGACGUGACUGUGCGCCUCACGCCGGAGCAGUUUCUUCCCGCGUUAUCGCAGGCACCGUUUGUGAACAUCGAGGGCACGUUCAAUGCGCGCGACAUUGGCAAGCUGCCGGCAAGCACCGCGAGCCCGUCCGCGGGCACCGUCCGCCCCGGAUUCGUGUUCCGCAGCGGUAUGCUUGCCCGCCUUACUGAUCGCGGCAAAGCCACGCUGGCCAGCGACCUCGGGAUUCGUCGUGUAUUUGAUUUCCGGUCGCAGAGCGAGCACGCCCAGGCACCGGACCCGACGCCAGCCGACAGCGUCACCCUGGUCUGGCAGGAGACAGCCGAGGAGACGCCGCACGUGUGGCUGGAGCCAUUUGCCGAGGGCUUCGGUGAGGCCGGGUUUGCGCAGACGUACUUGGACGUGCUGCGGGCGUAUCGGCCGACAGUGAAACAUCUUCUCGAGCACGUCCGCGACCGACCGGAGGAGCCGUUCCUAUUUCAUUGCACAGGUAAGAACUGCUUCCCUCUUCUCACACCUAGAUGUACGGGUUCACCGACUGACCUCCUAGCCGGCCGUGAUCGGACGGGCGUUCUGGCGGCCCUGCUGCUGACCCUGGCCGGCGCGGCUCCCGACACCAUCGCCCUCGAUUACAUGCUCUCCCGCAUUGGCUCGGAGCCCGUGCGCGACGAGCUCGAAAAGUUUGCGCGCAUGGGCGCCGGUGUGCCGGAGCGCAAACCCGACGACAGCCCCGAGGCGAUCGCGGCGGCGGUUGCAGCGACACCGCCCGGCUUCCUAAACCUCAUCAACCUGCGCGUGGUGUGCUGGAACGCGUUCCUGGAGGCGCUCGACAAGGAGCACGGCGGGUUCGAGGGCUAUGUUACAAAGACGCUGGGCUUCUCUGACGGAGACGUGGCCACGAUCAAGAAGAACCUGACGACGGCACCGUGA